GGAGGUUCCCGGUGCUUUCCCGGUACCGGGCGGAGCGGGGCCCCGGGAGCAGCAGGUUCCCGGUGCCGGGCGGAGCGGAGCCCCGGGAGCAGGAGGUUCCCCGGUACCGGUACCGGGCGGAGCGGGGCCCCGGGAGCAGGAGGUUCCCGGUGCUGUCCCGGUACCGGGCGGAGCGGAGCCCCGGGAGCAGGAGGUUCCCGGUACCGGGCGGAGCGGAGCCCCGGGAGCAGCAGGUUCCCGGUGCUGUCCCGGUACCGGGCGGAGCGGAGCCCCGGGAGCAGGAGGUUCCCGGUGCUUUCCCGGUACCGGGCGGAGCGGGGCCCCGGGAGCAGGAGGUUCCCGGUGCUUUCCCGGUACCGGGCGGAGCGGGGCCCCGGGAGCAGGAGGUUCCCGGUGGUUUCCCGGUACCGGGCGGAGUGGAGCCCCAGGAGCAGGAGGUUCCCGGUGCCGGUACCGGGCGGAGCGGGGCCCCGGGAGCAGGAGGUUCCCGGUACCGGGCGGAGCGGGGCCCCGGGAGCAGGAGGUUCCCGGUGGUUUCCCGGUACCGGGCGGAGCGGGGCCCCGGGAGCAGGAGGUUCCCGGUGCUUUCCCGGUACCGGGCGGAGCGGGACGAGCCGCGGGGCCCCGGCGGGGGCGGGGGGAGCAGGACCCGGCCCCGGGCUCUGCCCCCGGCUCUCUCCCGGGACUCCCGCUCGUUUCGAUUUCGUUUUUCGCCGGGAUCGCGGCGCGGGGACGGGAGCGGAGCGCUGCGGGCUCCGCUCGCACCGGGCCGGCCACCGGCCAUGCAGGGCAAAGUGACCAUCAGCUCCUCCAGCCCCGUGGUGGCCGUGUCAGUACCACCCCCACCCCAGGCCAGACCCUCGCCCAUCAGCACUGGGCAGAUCUUCAGGCUUCCAGGGAGGCUGAGAAUCCAGCCCUCCCUGUGGAGCAAGGAUGAUGUGAUGCACUGGCUGCGAUGGGCUGAGAGGGAAUAUUCCCUGCGGCCCACUGAGCAGAGCAGCUUCGAAAUGAACGGCAAAGCCUUGUGCAUCCUCACCAAGGAGGACUUCAGACACCGAGCCCCCAGCUCAGGGGAUGUGCUUUAUGAAAUACUCCAGUUCAUUAAAACUCAGAGAAGAGCUCUGGUGUGCAGCCCCUUGCUGAACUCACCCUUCAGGAAAGCCAGGAGCACAGAGGAAGGUGCAGACUGCAGUGCUGAGGCUGCCCCAGCUGUUUCCUCGUGGCUGGGCUGUGCAGAGCAGCCCCUGUUCCACAGCCACACGCAGCCACUGAACCUCUCCCCCCACAGCUCAGAGAGUAGCUGCAGGCCAGGUGCCAUCUGCUCCUUUCCUGCUACCCUGUCGGCCCCAGUGGAUGGGAAAAUUGCAGACUGCAGGCUGCUCUGGGAGUUCGUGUACCGGCUGCUGGCCGACCGCCGCUACGAGCCCUACAUCCGGUGGGAGGACAGGGAGGCCAAGGUGUUCCGCGUCGUCAACCCCAACGGGCUGGCCCAGCUCUGGGGCAGCCACAAGAACCGGAUGAACAUGACCUAUGAGAAGAUGUCACGAGCUCUCAGACACUACUACAAACUCAACAUCAUCAAAAAGGAGCCAGGGCAGAAGCUGUUGUUCAGGUUUUUGAGGACUCCUGGGGAGGCUGUCCAUGAGAAAUCCAGCAAACUGGAGCAGCUGGAGAAUGAGGACCAUGAAGAUUUGAAGGAAGACCCAGUGGAGGUUUCACCUCAGUAAAUCUUUGGAGGCUUCACUUGAGUGCAUCCCAGGGACCCUUGUGCUUUGCUGGGCAGUGCUGGUGUCUCUUGCCUCUCCUGGACAGAAGGACAGAGCUGGCCUGGAUUUCAAAGCCUGCUGUGAGCCAAAGCUGGGCCAUCUCUGGGGCUUCUUUAGCAAAGCACACCCAGAAGGUGUCCCCCAGCCCCAAGGCACAGGGGGAUGUGUGGGCUGGUCUUCUGCUGGUUCCUCUCCUGCUCUUUGGGAGGGAAUGGGAUAUUUUUGCUCUGAAAUUUUGAUGCUUGUCUUUAAGGUCCAAACCUGUGGCAAAGAUCCCUCUGUUCUUCCAGGGAGAUGAACAGAGCAGGAGUUUGGGCUGAGCACCUGCUGCUCUGCUCGGGCAGUGGGAGCUGUGAGCGAGGGCACCUUGCAAACCUGGUGCGUGCUGGAAUCUCUGCUCCUGGGAUUAAGGUUUGGAGUGUGCUGAAAUACCUGCCUGGAUCAGGCCUGGCUGAAGCUCCAUGGUUGCCCAUAGCUGGUAUUCACUUUAAAUCCUUUCUCUCCAGCUAAUGACUUUUGUAAUUAAUUUUGUGAUUAAAUAAUGUGAAAAGAAACAAAGCCAGUAACAAAUAUGACCCCACCCGUGGUCAGAUAUGUGAUUAUUUGUUUUGAGUUUGAAGCAGGAAUAGCUGAAGUGAACAGAGUGUCUGUAUGUGAGUGUGUGAAAACAGAAAAUACCCACUACUAUUUUCACUUUGCUUUCCACAGAGGAAAUAAAAUGCUGUGACCGUAA